UUACACGCGUUCUUCGAGAAGGCGGCUUUACAUAUAUAACCGAUGUGCGGUCGAUCUUUUCCCUCAAACGUCGCUUAAGAGUCCGAGCAGGAGCUAGGAAGUGAGCAAGCAGGAUAUCUUUCCACGACAGGAAGAGAAGAUAGCUGUACACGAUGAGAUUAAUACUGACGGUAUUUGCACUAACUGGCUUAUUGAGUCUGAGCACGGCUCAAGUAGGACAGAGCACAAAUGUUAUAUCAGAUACCACAAUUCGAGCAAUCGACGAGCCUGAUUGCCCGCAAUUACACAAAUCCCCGGAUAAUAGCAAACGCAUUAAGCACGUGCAGAUCCGCAAUCAAGCUGGAUUAAAUGGUAAGGUGCGAAGAAUUCAUCUGGAAUCCGAGGAGGAUAAACCGGGUAUUCGCGCAUACGGUUUGCCGAAAACACGCUUAGAAAAUAAUGGUGUUAUCGAAAGAGUGCAUAUUGGAGAAGAUCAGGUCGAUGGCGUUUCAAGAAAUGGCAGAUUGGUGGAGGCCUAUGGGAUUCCGAAGAAUAAUGUAGAGACUAAUGGCUUUAUCGAAAGACUGCCACUGUCAAACUCAGGUCGUCAGCCUGUUACACUGGGGUCACGAUCCGAAAACAUCAGAAAAAGAUUCGUUCGCACGGGAUCCGAGAACAAAAUCGAAGAAAAGAUCGUCGAUGAAGCAGAGGAUAUGGAAGCCCAGGAUGCGAAGGUCUUCAGGCCUCUAUUUGUCUACAGACAGCAAGUAGCCGCCAGAGAAAGACGGAAGCACGCAAGAAACACAGCGCAUAAAAAUCAUUGGCACGCGAUUCAUCAACCUUACCAUCAUUGACGUGUUCUAUUAAAUUAUACCAAGAAAAAUUAAAUUAUACGUAAAAAUUAAUGAUUUUUAUCUUAUGUAGAAGUUGUGUAAAUUAGACGUACAUACACUAGAUUUCCCAAAUAAUGUGAAUAUUUGUCUUUACAUAUAUAAAAUAUUUUUAUUACGAGAUCUAUAUGUUAAUUCUUUAAAAUAAGUGUAGAUAUAGUUUCAUGUACUGUUAAACCUAUCUGUAUCAUCAACUGUACUUAAAUAGACGCUACACAUUGUUACUCAUCGUUAGAAUAAUAAGAUUACACAUACAUAUUUCUUAAAUACAAGCUUUAUUUUAAUAAUUUUAUUAAUACUUUGGAACUAUGAUUUUAUUCUUUCUACGCGAUACAAAAAAAUAUAGAAAUUAUUAAUAUUAAUCUUAGAUAGUGAAGUUAUGUUAUAUUUAUAUGUGUGUGAAAUUAGUUCGUUUAUUUUAAACAAAGUCAAAAUUAGACUUGUGCGACAUUCAGCCAUUGCCAACAAACUUAUAUAUUUGACAGUUGUGUAACAAAUAGACAGUAAAUCGCACGUGUUAUAAUUUUUGCUCGAUAAUAUUUACUUCUCCAAAUUUGAAAAGUUGAAAUGCAAUUUUGCAAUUUUAAAAACAAAAUGUAAAUUAUUUUUAAAAAUAAUUGCAUCUAAUUUCUUAAUCAUUAUUUGACACAAUACAGCGAGGUUAAUAUAUUCAAAAUCGCAAAAUUUUAGACUGUAUCAAUUCAAGAGACAAACACAUAUUAAACAUAAAAAUAUGACGUGGAGAUAAUUUAUUUAAAAAAUAUGUAAUUAAGAAACCAAUAAAAUCACGUGAGUCUCUU